AUGAGUAAAUACAGAGUUGAAAUUCAGCAAAUGAUGUUUAUUUUGGGAGAGGUACAGGAUCCUCUCCCAGAAACUAUUCAAUUAGUGGAAGAAUUAAUUCGAGGACAAGUCAUGGAAAUGUUGAUCCAAGCAAAUGAACUAUCUAUACGAAAGGGCGCAAAAUCCAUUAACGUUGAGGAUUUAUUUUUUUUAAUUCGGCACGAUCGAGCAAAAGUCAACCGGCUCAAGACAUAUUUAUCAUGGAAAGAAGUCCGAAAAAAGGCCAAAGAACAAGAUGCUAAUGCCGCCGAUACAAAAGAACUUUUUGAAGAGGUAGAAUCCAAGACGAAAACAUUGACUGCUCCCGUGGCCAUGCCAUGGGAGGUGAAAAAUAUGUUUUCAGAGCCAGUACCAGAAACUGAAGAGUUUGAGGACGAUGAUGACAUGAUGGAGAUGGCAUAUGCGACAAGAGAAAGGUUAAAACUAGCUGAUGAACGGACGAAAAAAAUGACCAGAGAGGAAUAUGUUCACUGGAGUGAGUGUCGUCAAGCUAGUUUUACGUACCGAAAAGGAAAGCGCUUUCGCGAAUGGUGUGGUAUGUCUGUGUUAACAGAAACUCGUCCAGAUAACGACAUAGUUGAUAUUUUGGGCUUUUUGACUUUUGAGAUCGUUGCGACCUUAACGGAAGAGGCUUUGGCAGUCAAACAAAGGAUGGACCAAAUGCAAGAUAAUACAAGACAUGGGAGUUAUCAUGUUCCAAACCAUCCAAAGGAGCGUUAUUUGUUUGAUGGUCUAACUGAGGGUAGGACGCCUUUGCAAAUAUUUCAUGUCUUGGAAGCUUUUAGACGAUUACAAGUACCCAACAAAAAACACACUUCUAUGAGAAGCUUUAAUGGCGGAUUGGUCAAAUCAAGAGUCUAUUUAAUUUAG